AUCGAAUCGGCUCCUCUCCCCUCCCCUCUCCUCCUUCCCUCGGAAGCCUCCAGAACCCCCCCCCCCCCCCCCCCCCCCGAGCGCGAUGGCGGCGGCGGCGCAGCUGACCCCCGGCGGGGUGCCGGCGGUCUCCAGCCACGUCAACGGCGCCGAGACGCUGCAGGCGGUGCUGCAGGUGAUCGACCUGCGGACUGUCGUCCACAAGGACAACCCCGGCGCCUCCGACCGCUUCCGGAUGCUGCUCUCCGACGGCGUCUACUCGCUGCAGUCCAUGCUCGCCACCGCCGAGAACCAGCGCAUCCGGGACGGCUCCAUCAAGAAGGGCUCCAUCAUCCACCUCCAGGAGUACACCUGCAGCACCAUCCGGGGACGCAGGAUCACUAUUAUUCUCAAACUUAAUGUUCUGCAAAGUGAGUGCGAGAUAAUCGGAAGCCCCAAACCCUAUGAGUUGGUAAACCCACCUACGGAGCAGGUCCCCAACUUACCGGCCAAUGCUGCCCAAGUUAAUAGUGGAGCAUAUUCCAGUGGCCCAGGCAUGCUUGGAUCUUCUGUUGCUCCAAGGGCAGCACAGGUUGCUAAUAAUGUACCACAGGGUGGAUCCUACGGUGGUCAUCCGGGUACGGUGAGCCCUCCAGCACAGGUUGCUAAUAAUGUAUCACAGGGUGGAUCCUACGGUGGUAAUCCGGGUACGGUGAACCCUCCAAUUGGUCGAGCAGUAGAUCCUGUUCCCAAUGUGUCAUCUGGGGGCUCUUACGGUUCUUAUGGUACAGCUUCAGCUCAUAAUACAAUGAAUGCUGACAUGGUGCAGUCAAACUUGCAGCAGCAUUCGCUGAACUCUCACCAGAACCAAAGGUUUGCAGUUCCUGCCAUGGCUGGUGGCAGUUGUGCUCCUGUCAAUACGAUGAAUGCUGACAUGGUGCAGUCAAACUUGCAGCAGCCUUCACUGAACACUCACCAGAACCAAAGGUUUGCAGUUCCUGCCGUGGCUGGUGGCAGUGGUACUCCUGUCAAUACUUAUGGCCGCCCUGCACAGCCCUUUUUUCAGCAACCACCUCCAGGGCAUAUGAAUAGAGGUCCUGCUACUAACAAUGAAGCUAUCCGUGCUAUUCCAGUGGCUCAGUUGAACCCCUACCAAGAAAGAUGGACAAUCAAGGCUAGGGUGACUUCAAAGACUGAUCUUAAACACUACAACAAUCAGAAAGGUCCUGGAAAAGUCUUCUCGUUUCAUCUCCUUGAUGCACAGGGUGGAGAAAUCCGUGCAACAUGCUUCAAUGUGCAGGCCGAUCAGUUUUUUGACCUAAUUGAGGUUGAUAAGGUGUACCUGAUAUCUAGAGGGUCGCUGAAACCUGCACAGAAGAAGUUUAACCCUUUGAAUCAUGAGUACGAAAUAACUGUGGAUUUCAGAACUUCUAUUGAAGUUUUCCCUAAUGAUGAUAGCAGCAUCCCGAGGCAGCAGUACAAUUUCCAUCAGAUAAGCGAAAUUGAGAACAUUGAGGUUAGUUCUAUUGUUGACUUGGUUGGGAUUGUUACAUCAGUUUGCCCUUCUGCCACAAUAACACGGAAGGAUGGUUCGGAAGCCCAGAAAAGAACUCUUCAACUGAAAGACAUGUCUGGUCGAAGCGUGGAAGUAACCUUAUGGGGGAAAUUCUGUGAUGCUGAAGGCCAGAAGUUGCAGUUGCUGUGUGAUUCCGGUUUGAAUCCUGUACUAGCUUUGAAAAGUGUCCGCGUUACGGAAUUCAAUGGUAGAUCUGUGAGCACGAUCAGCUCAACCCAGUUAAAAAUAGACCCAGACUUUCCUGAGGCUGAUAAGCUGCAACACUGGUAUGCAACUGAAGGGAAGACUGCUGCUUGUGUUUCUUUGUCAGCUGCAAGUAGUAUGGGCAAAACUGAUAUCCGGAAAGCAGUUGUGCAGAUCAAGGAUGAAAAUCUGGGGCGAUCAGAGAAGCCGGACUGGAUCACUGUUAAAGGUGCAAUUUCGCAUGUGAACACUGAUAGUUUUUGUUAUCCUGCUUGUACACAGGAGGUGAAUGGUAGGCAGUGCAACAAAAAGGUGAUAAAUAAUGGUGAUGGGACAUGGCUUUGUGAGAGAUGCGACCAGAGAUUAGAAAAGUGUGAGUAUAGGUACUUGCUGCAGUGCCAGAUCCAGGAUCACACUGGGGUCACCUAUGCUAAUGCAUUCCAUGAGGCUGGCUUGGAGAUACUUGGCUACAAUGCUGAAGAGCUUUACAACAUAAAAGAAGAAGAUGCAGAACAAUUUGCAGAGAUCAUACAGGGGGUUCGCUGGCAGCAGUUUCUAUUCAAGCUGAAAGUCUAUGAGGAGACCUUUAACGAUGAACAGCGUAUCAAGUGCCAAAUUGCAAAAGCAGAGAAGCUGGAUUUAUCGAGAGAAUGCUCUUACCUUCUGAAGGCGAUUGGUGCCCUAUUGCAGGAUGAUACAGGCUCACCAUCUGAGGUUCAAGGAGCCAUGGCCUAUAAUGCUGGUCUCAAUAACUCGGGCACUGGACAAAGCGUGCCAGUCUCCAACAGCGCCUACCCCACGAGUAUGGCCACCCCAAGGUAUGGUGAGUCUGCGAACCAGCUUGGGCAGCAAGCUAACCCAUAUGGCGGGGUGUCCGCUCCAUUUUCAGCGACACGGAAUGUGCAGACCUGCAUGGCUUGUGGGUCCAGUGAGCACAACGGGCAGAACUGCCCUAGAUAUAGGCAGCAGCAUCAGCAGCCUGCUGCGAGCACAGCUAGCUCCUACGGCUCUUCACCUGGCGAUGUCGGCUCUGGCCUGUGUUACAAAUGCAAUCAGCCUGGGCACUUUGCCAGAAAUUGCCCUGGUGCGGGUGCUGCGCCCCAGCAGCAGCAGCAGCCGUAUGGGAGCGGCGUUGCAUCAGGAGCAUAUGGUAGGCCGUCCUACGUUAGGGCUACGAAUUACUGAAGUCGGUAUCUUGCGAAUCCAGUGUUCCUAGUUUUUGUUGAGAUGUCGGUCUGUAUGGCAUCACAGCGUCUGUGUAAAGUAGAUAACUGUUUCUUUUGUGGUUGUCUGAAUCUGAACUAUGUAUGGAUACUUUGAUCAGUGUUUAUAUUCCUUUUUUAUGCUUUUUUGUAUGAUGUUGUGUCAUGUGUGUCGCUAAGCCUCGUUUUUAUCUUUUGAAUUCGUGGUCUGUAAUUAGGCUAGCCAGCAGCUUUUAAACUCUAAAACUUAUGUAAAUUUAAUCAGGCGCCAGAGUGCGAAUCAUCUUGAAAUUAUGAGCA